GGGUUUCAUGAGCUGAUGUGAAUUGCAUGUGCUGGGUCAACAGGUCACCAUGGCGUCCAGCAGUACGAGCAGUGAAGAAGAGAGGAGUUUGCGGGAAUGUGAGCGCUACGUGCAGAAGCACAACAUCCAGCAACUGCUGAAGGACUGCAUUGUGCAUCUGUGCACUAACAGGCCUGAAAGACCCAUGGCUUUCCUCCGAGAGUACUUCGAGAGGCUUGAGAAGGAGGAAGCUAAACAAUUCGUCAACCAGCAGAAGUCCAGCUCUCGCUCAGACUCCCGUGAAGAUGAGGUUUCUCCUCCCAUGAACCCUGUGGUUAAGGGCCGACGGCGCCGCGGUGCCAUCAGUGCAGAGGUCUACACCGAGGAAGAUGCAGCAUCUUAUGUCAGAAAGGUUAUUCCUAAAGACUAUAAAACCAUGGCUGCCCUUGCCAAAGCCAUUGAAAAGAAUGUGCUUUUUGCUCAUCUUGAUGACAACGAAAGAAGUGACAUAUUUGACGCCAUGUUCUCAGUCACCUACAUCGCAGGAGAGACCGUCAUUCAACAAGGGGAUGAGGGGGACAAUUUUUAUGUUAUUGACCAAGGUGAAAUGGAUGUGUACGUCAACAAUGAGUGGGUGACCAGUAUUGGAGAGGGUGGCAGUUUUGGUGAGCUGGCUUUGAUCUAUGGGACUCCCAGAGCAGCCACUGUCAGAGCAAAAACCAACGUCAAGCUGUGGGGAAUCGACCGGGACAGCUACAGGAGAAUCCUCAUGGGAAGUACUCUGAGAAAGAGAAAAAUGUAUGAGGAAUUCCUUAGCAAGGUCUCCAUUUUGGAGUCUUUGGAUAAAUGGGAACGGUUGACAGUUGCCGAUGCCCUCGAGACGGUCCAGUUUGAAGAUGGCCAGAAGAUUGUUGUGCAGGGUCAACCAGGAGAUGAAUUUUUCAUUAUCCUUGAGGGUUCGGCAGCAGUCCUGCAGCGGAGGUCGGAGAAUGAGGAAUUUGUAGAGGUUGGAAGACUAGCACCAUCUGACUACUUCGGUGAGAUCGCUCUCCUCAUGAACCGACCUCGUGCUGCCACUGUGGUUGCUCGUGGCCCGCUGAAGUGCGUAAAACUUGACCGUCCGCGGUUCGAACGCGUGCUCGGUCCCUGCUCAGAUAUCCUGAAGCGAAACAUUCAGCAGUACAACAGCUUCGUGUCUCUGUCGGUCUGAGGCGCACUUGGCUCUUUCCUCUAUUGCAGGGUCCAUUAAUGCAAAUCUGCUUUAUUUUCUUACUUUUCUUUAUGCAUUUUCCAACACCCAGGUGCCCAUUCACUUCAGUGUUCUCUCUCUCUCUCUCUCUCUCUCUGUUUUUUCGAUUUGUGCCGUACCCUGUCACGUCCGUAUCCAUCGUAGAUUUACCAUAAGGUCGGAUGUUAUUUUUGCCUGAGAAACGAGCCAAUCAUUGUGCCACAGAUGCCUGUUAUGUGAACAGAUGUUGAACUAACACGGUCUGUCGGGAUUGUCUCUUUCCACCAAAAUUGCUUGCCGUUUCUGUAUAACAGUGUUUUGAAUGAAAGGAAAUCAUGUAGUCUAUCUAUUCAGUAUAUGAUGAUUAAUCUUAAUUGAGGCAUUGGGUUUCAGAUUCUGUUUUCCCUCGUUCAUUUCAAGCAUUUGAGUAUAGGGAAGCCAAAGGCAUAAAUCCAUGUGUGUUAUGUUGUUUUCUUGGGGGUACUGAAGUCAAAAUGUCACUAUGUUUAUCAUGGUGAUCAGCUUUGCUCUUUUAUUGUUAUAGCUGCACAUAAUAUAGUGUAUGUAAAUGAUUAUAUAUUAUAAGUAAAUGACCAUAACCAUAUUUUUUGCACAGUUUGAUAUCUAUAUAUACACGUAUAUAUAUAUAUAUAUAUAUAUAAAAACACUUUGUAUGCACCUGCUGUUAUUCAUUGUGGCAUUUGAUCCCAUUUCAUUAGGCUUUUUCAUUCUCUGUUGAUUGUUUUGUUCUUCCUUCGUCCUUCAUGCUACACACAGGCUUGCACUGGACUCUUAUGUAGAGCACACCAGGAUUAGUCAAAUCUCCUUUUAAAUUUCUUUUCAUUUUCUCCUUUUUGAAAUGCCACCUGCUGCAAAUGCUUUUUAUUGGUUUGUUUCACAAAAAGGUGAUGUUAUCUUUUAUUCAACAUUGUGCUUAUUGCAGAUACAAGUACAGAAAAAAAGUUACAUUUGUUUGUUGUUUAAUUGUUAAGAAGAGUUACAGAAAUGUAAUGGUUAAUGAAAUCUGACAGAGUAUGUGAGGAUCCUCCUUGACAGGAAGUGACUACUUGGUGACCUCUUUGGCCGGCUGAGAUCCCAUUAGGUUUUCUUUCUCCAUGAGAGUGUAUGUGAACUGCUUUAAAAUCCCAAAUGUCUUUUUGUCCACUUUUUAAAAUUUUAUUCUUAUUUUUAACUGAAAUCAUUUGGUUAAUAAACAGGGCAGGGCUAAGAAAAAUAGUUUUCCAAUGAUCAGUGUCCUUUUUUGAUUGAGAUUUAGAUUAUUGUCCUUAGUUAAAUCAAAGUCUUAUAAUAGGGACAGUAUUUACCGCAUGUGUUGAGUUGGUGGUGACUGUAUGCCAUGAGGGUUGGGAUCCAUCAGAUGUUUGGAAUAGAUUUGCGAUCCAACACUGCCACCACCUUAUGCUUUUACCAGAUAUUGUUCUUAGGGCUAUCUGAGCUGUGUUGUAUGAUUUUACUGGGUGGUACAAUAGUGUUAACAGUUGCUGAAGGUAGAUUUAAAUUGUCACACAGAGAUAUUCUUGUAUUAUUUGAAAACAGUUGAUGUGAAUUUUAAAUCAGUGUAUUUUUGUUUUCCACUCAUCUCGUGUUUUGUGGUUCUACAGAUAUCCAGCUCCUUUAUACUGCAGACUCAUGUUAUUGAAAGCAAAUUUAGGUUUAAAAAAAAGUGCCUGAUUUCUUUACUAUCAUACUGCAUAGCCAACAGACUUUUCAUUUUUUUCCUUCCAACUCUAUUCAAAAAAUAUUGUCAGCAUGUUAUCUGUAUUAAUUGUCAACUACAGUUUGUUUCAUCGGUAUAUCCGGAUACCCUUAGCAGUGUAAUUAAGAGUUUAUUUAACUGAACUGUCCCAAAAUUGCGAUUUUAAUUAAAGAAAGAUGCAAUAUUUGACUUUGUCCUACUGA